AUGCACAUCAAACAAGUGAUCGUCGAAGGGUUUAAAACCUACCGCGAACAGACGGUGGUGGAUUUCGACGACGGGUUGAAUUGCAUCGUCGGCGCCAACGGGUCGGGAAAAUCAAACUUGUUUCACGCGAUUCGGUUCGUGCUGAGCGAUGUGUUCGGGAAUUUGCGAGCCGAAGAGAGACAGAGACUGUUGCACGAGGGAGCGGGGCACGCGGUGAUGUCGGCGUACGUGGAGAUUGUGUUCGAUAACGCCGACGGACGCUUGCCGGUGGAGCGGGAGGAGGUGCGCCUGCGAAGAAAUAUUGGUUUGAAGAAGGAUGAAUAUUAUCUCGACAAGAAGCACGUGACGCGCGCUGAAGUGGUUAACUUACUCGAGAGCGCUGGUUUCAGCCGAACGAACCCUUAUUACGUCGUACAACAAGGGAAAAUUAUGAAGAUGGCGACGAUGCAAGACGAGGAGCGUUUGGACUUAUUGAAGGAGAUCGGGGGCACGAGCGUCUUCGAGGCGAAGCGCAAAGAGUCCCUUAAGGGCUUGGACGAGACUAAAUCGAAGCGAGAACAAGUGCAAGAGACCGUUGAGUUCAUCGAAAGCCGUCUGGCGGAGCUCGAUGAGGAGAAAGACGAGUUGCAAAAGUAUACCGACUUGGACAAGACGCGACGGUCUUUGGAGUACACCAUUUACGAGCAAGACUUGAGUGAUGCGAGAAGCAAAUUGGAUGAGAUUGAGCAACAACGAAGCGCGACGAACGAGUCGAGCCGCGUGGAUGACGACAAAAUGAACACGAUGAGUGAAAACUUGCGCACGCAUGAAAAGGAGCUCAAGGAUAGCUCGCGCGCCGCCGCGCAACUGAAGCGCGAGCUCACGACGGCGGAGGAAGAGUUGCGCGGCAUCGUCGCCCGACGAACCACCGCUGAGCUGGACGUGAAAGAUUUGCGCGAAACGAUUCAAACCGGCGAAGAGUCGUUGGCCGGUAUCGCAGGUCAAAAGACGGAUGUCGAAAAGGCGACGUUGGAGACGCAAAAGAAGCUCGACGCUGUGCGUGAAAAGUAUAACGCCGAAGUUGCCGUGGAAGAAGCCAAGGAUCGUGAAAUCGCCGAGAUCGAACGUCGCUCACAAAGCUUGUACCAAAAGCAAGGUCGCAGCGAACGUUUUAAGACGAAGGGUGAACGCGAUACGUGGUUGAAGAGCCAAAUCAAAGACGCCACCGCGACGAAGAAACAAAAGACGAAGGAGGUGGAGACGCUCGAAAAUGACUUGAAGGAAAUUCGCGCCACGCAAUCCAGUGACGAGAAGGACCGCGCUUCCAUGGAAGCCGAACUCAUCGUUGAAGAAGAAAAGUUGGCGGAUUUCGAGGCGCAGUACAAGAAGGCGAUGACGGAGCGAAACGAGGCCCAGAACGCUCGCAAGGAUCUUCAGCGCAAAGACAACGAGGUCGACAACUCGCUGGCGUCUUGCGAAGAGGAAGUGAAGAAGCGAGACAAGCAGCUCGAGUUUUCUAUGCCUCGUGACCUUCAACGUGGUAUGGCUGCCGUUCAGCGUAUCGUCAAGGAACACAACAUCGAAGGCGUGCACGGCCCUCUCAUCGAGCUCAUGGAGACUGACGAGCGAUUUCACAGCGCUAUCGAAGCCAGCGCGGGUAAUCAGCUCUUUCACAUCGUCGUCGAUCAUGAUGAGAUUGGUAGUCGAGUCAUCGAGUUCUUGAACAAAGAGAAAGGUGGUCGUGUUACGUUUUUGCCGCUCAAUCGCAUGAACCCACCGAACGUUACAUACCCCGAAGGCAGUGAUGCCUUUCCUCUUCUCUCAAAGCUCAAGUACGACGCAAAAUUUGACGCCGCGUUCAAGCAAGUCUUUGCGCGUGUUUUGAUUUGUCGGAACAUUGACGUCGCCGUUUCCAAGGCGCUUUCUUCGCAACUCAACUGUGUCACCAUGGAUGGGGACACCGUGAGCAACAAAGGUUCCAUGAGUGGUGGUUACCAAGACACGAGCCGAAGCCGAAUCGCCGCCAUGACGGCGCUGCGCGAAUUGAACGUUAACCGUGAUGAUCUCAAAGAAACCAGCGCUGGCGUGAAAAAGUCUCUCCAAGCUGCGGAACAAAAGAUGUCAGCCGUUCUCGGUGAUAUCAGUCGACUCGAGUCGCAAAGACGUCACAGUGCUCAGCGUGUGGAUCGAUUAAAGCAUGAGUUGCGCUUCUACGGAGACACGGGCACGCGAGCCAGCUCUCUUCUUGAACAGACGGAAAAGAGCAUCGCCGUUAUGCGAGCUGAUAUCGAACAAGUGGACACACACAUCGCCGAUCUGACUAGUGAGAUCGGUUCGAGUCUGGACGCAACCUUGAGUCAAGCUGAAGUUCAAGAGCUUGAAAAGCUCACCUCUCACGCGACGACGCUCAAGCAAGAAAAAGUCACCAUCGCCGCUCGCCGACUCGACGUGUACACGCAGUUGAGCGAACUCCAGACGGCUCUCGAAACCAACCUGAACCGCCGUGCGAAACGCAUCGCCCUGACGUCUGGCGAACUUGACAUCAACAGCUUACGCGCCGAGCUCGCCAAGCUCGAAGGUCAGUUGAAGACGGUGCAAAACGACGAAGCCAUCGUGCGUAAAAACUACGACGGCAUCGCGGAAAAGCUUCGAACGGUGCAAGCGAAUAUUGAAGCGGCGAAUACAGAGAUUGAAAAGCUUCGAGCGUUCAAAGAGUCGAUGAGCUCGUCUUUAGGCGAACGUGAAAAGGUCAUGGAAACUCUCAUGUCCAAGGCUGCGACGCUGUCGCAAAAGCGCGAAGCACUUCAGAAGAAGAUUCGAGAACUCGGCUCGCUUCCAUCCGACGCCUUCGACCGUUACCGCGGUGAGUCGCUCAAAUCCCUGCACAAGCUGUUGAGCAAAACGAACAACCAGCUGUCCAAGCUCGGUCACGUUAACAAGAAAGCGCUCGACCAAUACCAGCAGUUUACCGAACAGCGAGAAGAGCUCGAGAAGCGUCGUUCCGAAAUUAACAAGGCGUUUGACAGCAUCACUCAACUCAUCGAUCAUUUAGAUCACAAGAAGGAUGAAGCGAUCGAACGUACUUUCAAACAGGUCAGCAUGAAUUUCAAGGACGUCUUCCAUCGACUCGUCCCCGGUGGCCGCGGUGAACUCGUCAUGCAACGCAAGCGCGCGGCGAACCGGGACCCGGAGGAAGAGGGCGAACCGGCGGCUAAUCCGACCACGUUCAGCGAGAAGUAUAGCGGCGUGAAGAUCAAGGUGAGCUUCGGACAAGGUGAAACUAUGCAGAUGAAGCAGUUGUCUGGCGGGCAAAAGACUGUCGUCGCUGUUGCGCUCAUCUUUGCCAUUCAACGCUGCGAUCCGAUGCCGUUUUACCUCUUCGACGAAAUCGACGCCGCGCUCGACCCGCAGUACCGCACCGCCGUGGCGCACAUGGUCAAAGGUCAGGCGAACAAUAAGACGCAAUUCAUCGCCACGACUUUCCGUCCAGAAAUCGUGAAAGAAGCGACUUGCAUUCAAGGCGUGUCUCACUCUCACAAGGUGUCCACAGUUCAAAAGGUCGCCUUGGAGGAAGCUCUCCAAUUUGUUGGCGAAGACACCGCGCAAGUGCAACAAGUCGCUCCGACCGAACGCGGUCCCCCGACGCCGUAGAUACGCACGUUAGAGAAACAUUGAUGCGAAUGACUGUAUAGAUGAACCCAUAGUGAUACCAGUAUAAUGA